AGGUUUUUCUGGCCUUCAACUGUCCGGACAACCUGCCUGACCAGCUUGCCAUCGAUCUCCAUUCCUCUGGACCAGGGCCGUGGGUGUCUGUGUGUUGGGGAGGGGGCUGUGAGCAGCUAAGGAGGUAAGGGAGCCUGAUGAGGACCCUCAGGGCAGACUGAGCCUCCUUCCCAUGGGCCUCCUCCCCCUUCUACCCAGACAAAGACGCAGCCAGGAGCACAGACAUCACCACCCCUCAGCCAGUCACCAUCAGAAGCUUUGUCCACUAAGGCAAUGGGGCAAGCCGGGCACCCUCAGCUCCUGCUGCUUCUGCUGUGCGUCGGUACCCACACGGGGACCAGCCUGGAUCAAAUUCCGUACACUCCCCAGAUCUCCCCCCACACCCUUGAGGGGAAGGUCACUUCAGCCACCUUCUGCCUGGACCAGCCGAGAUGCGUCUUCACAGAGUAUGCCAGCUCAACAGAUACCAUCUGGUUGGUGGUAGCCUUCAGCAAUGCCACCAAAGACUUCCAGUACCCCAAGAGUACAGCAGAGAUCCCCUCCUACACCAAACUGACAACCAGUUUUUACUACAUGACCCUGAAGCUGUCUCCUGACCUCUACCCAUGUGAGAAAAAAGACAUUGCUAUUCUCCGUGUAGGCAAUGACACCAGCUGCUUCCGAAACCUAAGUCAGGAGCAUUGUAAUGCUCCCCUCCCGGUCCCUGGCCCUUACAGUGUGAAGUUUCUUGUGAUGGACGACAAUGGGCAGCCCAAGGCAGAGACGAGGUGGUCCGACCCCAUCACUCUCAACCAAGGGAAGGACCCCAGAAGCAUUGAUACGUGGCCUGGCCGGAGAAGCGGCUGCAUGAUUGUCAUCACCUCCAUCCUCUCCAUCUUCACUGGCCUCCUGGUGCUUGCCUUCUUCAUCACCUCCACUGUCCAAUUCUCCAGCCUCUGGUGGCCCGAGGAACUACCCCCCGCAGAGCAGCUGCACGUCGGCUCCUUCAUUGGGAAACGCUACACGACCCACCACAUCCCCCCCAGUGAGGCGGACACGCUGCCUGCAGGUGGGGGGCUCCACCUGCCCCCCUGCCCUUGCCCAGGACCCGUUGUGUAAACCUGGCCACCCUUAGCCCUUUCCCCCAUCCCUGGUUGCAUAUUGGCACAAAUUAAAGAAGGGCCCUCUUUCUCAGC